AUGGAAUGCUUUCGGCAAGUUUUCCGGUGCCUGAAGGCACCUUUCAGACGUGAAAAGGGAAGGAUUAUAGAAAUUGGUCCUCCCACCAACUUCCGAAAAGAAGAAUUGCCUGCUUAUUUCUCUGAUGCCGAGUCAGUUCUCUCGCCCAGCCAAAAUCCGACAGAACCAUCAGAUCUGACCAGUCAAUCACAGCACGCUUACGUCCCAGGACAGCCGCACAGCGACCGUGGAGAAGGACGGAACGAUGAUCGAAAUGGUGCCUCUACCAUCAUCAACGAAGAGCAAGAUGCGGGCCCAGGUUCGAAGGAUGAGCGUGAAACUGUCAUCCGGCUCCGAGAGCGUAUGAAGUUAUCCCGAUGGUGGAAAUCGAGGCCAGCUGCCGGUCAUGAAACUAAGGCCCCGGCCGAAUCGGUAAAGAUGAAAGAAAUCCGAAGCGCUGAAUUGGCGUGUUCAUAG